UUAAAAGCAUGUUGAAGAUAAAAAGAGAUCUGCUCAUAUUUUGUAUUCUGGCCAUAUUAUAAUGAAUGUCACAUUGACGUCAGAUGUCAUUGGUCGAAGAGUUGAAGUUAACGGAGAACAUGCAACAGUGUGUUAUUUUGGUAUUGUCCCUCCAGUGGCAGGACUCUGGUUAGGAGUGGAAUGGGACAAUCCCGAGAGAGGAAAGCAUGAUGGAAGCCACGAAGGGACUGUAUAUUUUAAAUGCAGGCACCCAACAGGAGGAUCCUUUAUUCGUCCAAACAAAGUGAAUUUUGGAGUAGACUUUCUUACUGCACUUAAGAACCGCUAUGUGUUAGAAGAUGGACCAGAGGAAGAUGGAAAAGAGCAAAUUGUUACAAUUGGAAAUAGACCUGUGCAAACGAUUGGUUUUGACUCUAUUAUAAAACGGCAAAGUCAGCUGAACAAGUUGGAAGAAAUUUCUUUGAGGAAUCUUGCAGUAAAUGGUGCUGGUGAUAAAGGAGGAAUUGCCAAAGCAUGUCCUAAUAUUAGAAAGGUAGAUUUGUCAAGAAACCUGUUGUCAUCGUGGGAUGACGUCAUAGAUAUUGCCGAUCAGCUCAAAAACCUGGAAGUUCUUAACCUCAGUGAAAAUAAACUAAAAUUUCCCUCUGGUUCACCAUCUCUAAUCGGAACAUUUUCUACACUGAAGGUGUUAGUCCUUAACCAAACAGGAAUAACAUGGGCUGAGGUGCUCCGGUGUGCCUCUGGGUGGCCUGUCCUUGAGGAACUGUACCUUGAGUCUAACAAUAUUUUCAUUUCGGAAAGGCCUGCUGAUGUUCUACAGACGGUCAAGUUAUUAGACCUUUCCUCUAAUCAAUCAAUUGAUGAAAAUCAGCUGUUUCUAAUAGCUUAUCUGCCCAGAUUAGAACAACUAAUCCUUUCCGAUAUUGGAAUUUCUUCUUUACAUUUUCCGGAUGCUGGAAUUGGGUGCAAGACGUCAAUGUUUCCUUCCUUGCAAUACCUUGUAGUAAAUGACAAUCAGAUAUCACAAUGGUCAUUUAUCAAUGAGCUGGAUAAGUUGCAGAGUCUGCACACCUUGUCCUGCAUGAGAAACCCCCUGACCGCAGGAGGCAAAGACGCGCAGACCACCCGUCAGUUCAUCAUCGCCAGAAUUGGUCAGUUGAGGACCCUGGACAGAUGUCAGAUUCUACCAGAGGAAAGGCGUGGAGCUGAGCUUGAUUACCGAAAAGCAUUUGGAAAUGAAUGGAAGAAAGCUGGUGGACAUCAGAAUCCAGACAAAAACAGACCAAAUGAAGAAUUUCUUGCAGCCCAUCCUAGAUACCAGUUACUCUGCCUUAAAUAUGGUGCACCUGAAGAUGAGGAACUCAAAACACAACAACCAUUUUUGCUGAAAAACCAGCUACUAACACUGAAGAUAAAAUAUCCUAAUCAACUUGGCCAGAAUGUCCUAGAGAAACAACUGCCAGACUCCAUGACAAUCCAAAAGGUGAAAGGAUUGCUGUCACGUCUUCUCAAAGUUCCUGUGUCAGAACUUCAGUUGUCCUAUGAAAGUCCCAAAAUGCCGGGCAGAGAAAUUGAACUAGAAAAUGACCAACAGUCACUACAGUUUUAUUCUGUGGAAAGUGGAGAUUGUCUAUUAGUGCGAUGGUAACAGCCAACUAAUAAAAUUCAGAGACUAGACUGUUUGUUUAUUGUUACUGGGGUUCGCUAGAAAUAAAUGAUUUAUUGAAACAAUUCUACUGUCAAAAAAUAAGGUUUUACAACUUGCCCUAAGUAUAGAAAAGGUUGUAUUUUUCAUUGGGAAGAGACCAUUUCUAGGCUUAUAUAUAACAGCAAUAAUAAAGGCUUUGCACCUACUAA